UUGAACCAACUCAUACAUACAGCAGUCUCUACUUUCACUUCCAUAUUCUAUAUACAUAAAUACAUCACUUCUUAUUUCUCUAACUCGACAAACAUACUUCUACUCAGCUUCUUCUCUUCUUCUACCCAUUAAAUGUUAAUGGCAUACUUUCAUAUCAAAAACCUCUGUUUUUAUGCCAUAUUUUUGUACAUAUUCAUACUAAUCAAUUCAAAUAAUGGUAAUUUUGUAAGAAUUAAUGCCCAGAAAGGCCCGACCUCGACCCGAUUAACUGGCCUUUUCCCUCAUCUCUCAUUCAAUAGGGAUUAUAAACAAAUCUUUGGUGAAUCUAAUGCUCAAAUUUAUGGCAAUGGUUCUUUUGCUAAUAUUUCUCUUACCAAGAAAACUGGUUCAGGGUUUUCUUCUAUGAAUCAUUACUACUAUGGUUUUUUUAGUGCUUCUAUCAAACUUCCCCCUGGUUUCACUUCUGGUCUUGUUGUUGCGUUCUAUAUGUCAAAUGCGGACCUUCAUCCGCACAACCAUGAUGAAAUUGAUUUCGAGUUACUUGGACACCAAAAAAGUAGGAAUUGGGUAUUACAAACAAACAUGUAUGGGAAUGGAAGUGUAAAAACGGGAAGAGAAGAGAAGUUUCGGCUAUGGUUCGACCCUACUACACAAUUUCAUGAAUACAGCAUUAUUUGGAAUAGUCAUCAUAUUGUGUUUCUAGUGGACAAUAUACCAGUUAGAGAAGUCCAAAAUAAACCGGCCAUGUCGAAAAACUACCCAUCAAAACCAAUGGCAGUUUAUGCAACAAUAUGGGAUGCAUCCGAUUGGGCGACCCAUGGAGGAAAAUACCCGGUAAACUACAAGUAUGCUCCAUUUACAGCUUCAUUAGGGCAGAUGGAAAUGGCUGGGUGCAUUUACGACCCGACAGAUCUUUCGGGUAAAUCCUGUUCUAAAAGUAGUAGCCCAUCAAGUUUAGAUCCGGUUGAGGGUCAAGAUUUUGUUAAGCUAUCAAAUCAGCAAAUUCAAGGGCUUAAUUGGGCAAGAAGCAAGCAAAUGAUCUACUCUUAUUGUAAAGAUAGACGUAGGUACAAUGUCCUACCACCAGAGUGCACCGCUAAAUAACAUGGAUUAUUCAAUUAAUUAAUUAAUUAAUUAAUUUUUUCAAAUAUUUUUGUAACAUUUAUUUUAUAUUUUAUAUUCCAAAUUCAGAUUUGAUGAUAUGUAAUUAUAUCACUUGAUAAUUAUAAAUUUGUACUAAAAUCCAAGUUCAAAAUUCAAAGUGUGACCCAAUUCGUUUGUAUAUGCUCUUUUUUUUAUUGUUAUCUACGGAUAUAUUGUGUAAAUUGAUCAAACCGACCACUUAUAAAGGAUAUAUAACAUUAUUUGGGAU